AUGAAAGUGACCGAGAAGGACCUGACGGUGGAAGAGGUACUGCAGUGGACGCCAUUGCAGUUUGCUGAGGAAACGAACGCCUGGUAUUGGGUGGAUUUGUUGCUGCAGGCUGGUGUACCGCAACAGGAUCUGACAAUUACGAAGACGAAACUCCGCAACCAAGAAAGUGCCGCCCAAAUUAUGAGGGCAGCUUGCGAGUUGGGGUACGUGUCGCUGCUGAACUUCGCGCUGUCUGUGGAUCCGUCGCUGGUGGAGGCGAUGCUGGACUCGUACGGCUCGACGGCGCUGCACGUGGCGGCCUCGAAUCGGCGCAACGCGGCCGUUAGGAUCCUCCUGGGCGCCGGGGCCGACGUGGAGGCCACCGACCUGCGGGGGCGGACGGCGCUGCACGCUGCUGCCGAGAACGACGCCAUCGCGUCCAUCCACGUGCUGCUCGAGCACGGCGCCAACGUCUGCGCCAAGGACUGCGACGGCAAGACGGCCACCCUCCUGGCCCAGGAGUGCGGCCACACUGCCGCGGCCAACACCCUUGACCUGAGCGGCUGCAUGCAGUGGUCCAUGCGCAAGCUCAUCAUCGCGGCCGAGGCGGGCAACGUGGAAGCCGUCCGCCAGAUGCUGCCGUCCGUGAAGACGGUUGUGAAGCCGGGCGAGUGGCCACACCUGCACUGGGCGACGCUCAACGGCAGCGCGACGGUGGUGCGCACUCUGCUGGCCGCGGGCCUCGACCCCAACGGCAGCGACCGGCACGGCAACACCGCGCUGCACGUGGCGGCGGCGCGCGGCCGGCCCGCCACCACCGCGGCGCUCGUCGACGCCGGCGCCGACCUGGAAGCGGCCGACUCGAGCGGCUCGACGGCGCUGCACUACGCGGUGCGCACCGACAACGUGCCGGUGGCGCGUCUGCUGUUGGCGGCGGGGGCCGCGCCGGACCCGCGCGACGACCAGGGCCAGACGCCGCUGCACCGCGCCGUCGCCAGGGGCUCCGCCGCCGCCGUCGCGGCGCUGCUGCGCGCCGGCGCCAGCCCCGACGUCGCCGACGCCGCCGGCCGGACGCCCGCCGACCUCGCGCGCCAGCUCGGCUACAAGGACGUCCUCAGGUGCCUGCGGCUCGCACCGCACUGA